AUUGCCUUCUUGUUGUAGCAUUGACAUCGAGUAUCGUCGUCGCAAUUAGGGACGUGGUAAUUUUAAUAUAAAGAGAAUAAAGUAAUAAUCAUGUCGAAGGCAGCCGGGACAUUAAUUACUACAAACCAGGCAACGUAUAUUCCCCCAAAACUUAUGCCAGGGUAUAAAGGUCACUGUCCUACUCUCAAAUAUGAUUACGGUGAGACGUACAGCAAUGCAACUGCCAAAUACUUCCAAGAUUAUCGCUCCAAGACAUUGAACACAAGCAAAACUAAUUACUCCAGUGGUGGCCAAUUCCCUACUGUUUACACGCACAACCCCGAUCUGGUGAUACCAAACAGAGAGAGGACAAGAGAGAGAUGGAGAAGUGCACCUACGUACUCGCUAAAUAAUGUUCAACAUGACAGGCAAGAUGAACUGCAAUCAUUUGACAAGCUUGCCCAACAGCACAGAGACUACUACAAAGACAGAACUGGGACUGUGCCACGAGUUGAUGAGUUUUUGAUUCCAAAGAAGGCAGAGGAUAUGUACCGACAAGAUGUUGGACACGUCGAAGAACAGAUGAAUUUGCUGGCUGAGGCAGACACAAGAGCUGCGAGUAACAAGUCGGUACUGCGAACUCCGACUUUAAAUACUCCCAACAGUCGUGAUUCAUCGGUUAGAGAUCGUGCAAUGCGUGACCUCCACUUUGAAAGACGCUAAACUGUGUUUUUCGUUAAUUGCCUAUUUGUAUUAUUGUUUAUUAGGCUUUAAUGUAGUAUCAUGCAAAAUUCAAAAUAAAUUGUCAUAAUUAUAUAGAUCUGAUUUCAAUGCGGUUUCUUAGUUUUAUUAGUAGUGAAUAAAUGAAUGAUGAUGUGCACAUUAAGAGGAUAAAUUUAAUGUUAGUGUAACAAUUGUGAUUACAGUAUAACAUAUAUACCGCAUACAUACCAGGUUGAAUGAUAGUAUUAUCGUGCUGUACUUUUUUCCUAUCGUAAUGUCAUGGUCACUUUGUAAUUUACAACUGCAGCCUCUACGACGAGAGAUUGGCCCUCUGACUUAUUUGUGGGUACUCUUCAUUACUUUUGUUAGGCCUCGUAGAAUCUAUGUAUGAGGUAUAUAAAAACAAAUACUGACUGCUCAAGAUUUGGUGAUGUGGAGAGAGCAGCCUUCUGGUGGCCCUCAUGAAAAUAGUAGGCUACGAUUUCCACGUCACCCUAGAAGCAAUAAAUUUCACUGUUCAGUCAGUAUUUGUAUACUAUACAAAUAUUCUAUGUCUACUAUAAAUAUGCAUGGUAUGCUCAUUUGCUUGAAA